AGUAGUGCGAUUGGUUAAUACGUGGUCGGAUGAUCGCGGCGCGUUUUGUUUUUUGGCUUUUAUUGCGUUUGACACAUUCUCGACUGAUCCUCGUGUGUACCUCCGUAUGUUGUAGAAUUUGUGAAAAUAUAAGGGUUUAAUGUGACGAAUAAAGUGGAGAACAAGCGUCGUAUCAAAAUGAGCGAUGGCGAUACUUGGACUCCGGUCCAAGACAAUGACUUUUCUAGUUUUUCAGCUAAUGACGGUUUCAAUUUGAACGACAUGACCGGUUUCGAUGAUCUGCUGUCUAACUGUGAAAAUGAGCUGUUAAGCAAUGGAAGCUUAUUCAGUGAUGAACACUUGCUAUCUGAGCUGGAUGAUUCUUCUUUGCCAAUGGAAAGUGGAAAUCUCGAAUUUAAUUUUUUAAACUCCAAUUCUGUCGAAAACAAGAUAGAUCCAUUAUUUCAUGAAGUUCCGAAUGUGAAAUCGAAUGUAACCGUAUUACCUGCUCCAGUGCAACAGCCAGUCCUUUGUCAGACACAGAUGGAUAUUGCUCGGCCAAUACAGCAAAAUCCAGAGAGAAUAGUUCCAGCACCUGCUGCUAAGCCACAAACAACUAUUUUUGGUCAACACUACACCAUUGCUCCAAAUGUGAAUUUUAAUGUUCCAUCUCCAAUUGUGACCCUUGCACCUGUUACAACACAGCAAAGGCAGUUAUUAUUACCGGCUAAGUUGAUAAAAUCAGAACCUAUUGUAUAUUCUGGUAGACAACAAACUAUCAAUACGACUCCAGUUCAGCAUCAAAUACAUACUUUAGUAAAUACUGGCAAUGGCACAGUACUCGCAACAGGAAUACCCUUGGUACUUGAUACAGAAAAGGUACAAAUUAACAGAAUAAACACAAGUAGUCAUGUUACUGUUCCAAAAGUUAAGGAAGUAAAGCGCAGUGCCCACAAUGCAAUUGAACGUCGGUAUAGAACAUCAAUUAAUGAUAAAAUCAUUGAACUUAAAAAUAUUGUUGUUGGAGUUGAUGCAAAGCUUAACAAAUCAGCAAUUUUGAGAAAAACAAUAGAUUACAUCAGAUUUCUUCAAAACUCGAACGCCAAAUUAAAGGCGGAAAACAUGUCUCUGAAGAUGACUGCGCAAAGACAAAACCUUCGUGAGCUUUUGGUGUGUGGCGAGCUUACUCCGCCUCGUUCGGAUACGAGUGAACCAUCGUUGUCACCAGCACCAGCACCUAUGUCACCACAAUCACCUCCACCACCGGUUAUCAAGGAAGAACCCGAAGUUAUGCAGAAUCUACGCAAACCAACGACGACAUCACAGGGCAAUGGUAUGCCGGAUCACACUCGUGUUUCUUUGUGCGCAUUUUUGUUCAUCUUCCUGGCAUUCAAUCCACUUGGCUUCGUCAUGAAUAACAUGGUGAGAUUCAAUUAUGAUUACUCAAGGAAACUCGAGGGAAGAACGAUAUUGAAUUUUCAAGAUCAUGCCGAUACUGAAACGAACGUGUGGAGCAAUAUGAUCAUUUGGUUUACAAAUACUUUGCUCCUGGUUUUCGGUAUGUGUCGACUGUUGCUGUACGCAGAUCCAGUGCUACCAGCUGAUAGUAAAGUGUCUGUUGAACUUCAUCGCUGGAGACGUCAAGCAGAGUUUAACAUCUCACGGAACGACUACGAACAAGGCCAUCGUGACCUAAGCCAAUGCCUCCAGUACUUUUCGCGAAGUUUGCCACUUACGCGGAUGGACACCUUCUUUGUAACGAUUUGGCAACUAUUCCGGCAAAUAUUGCAUCGACUUUAUAUUAGUCGUUUGGUAACGUUCAUUGGCAAGAAGUUCUUUGACAAAUCUGAAAGAUCGUUGGCGGAAAUAUCUGCUAUGGAAAUUUCAACGGUUUAUCAGCACAUGCUAUGCCUGAAGUUGUCUCAAGAUUCGAAAGACUCAAUUAUGCACAUUGCACUAUCGACUCUCAACUACGCCGAAGCUGCUGGUGAUACAAUGCCUAAGUCAAUGUUGGCCGAGAUUUAUAUCAACGUUGCCCUUUGUUUUAAACAAUCGCUUUUCCCAUUCGUGCAUAAGUUCUAUCUUAAUAAGGCAAGAAGUAUUUUGGCUUCAUGUAUUGUACCGCAAAAGCUCAAAUGGAUCAUGAACGACGAUGGUAUGAAAUUUUUGGUAUCACAGAAAUGGAGUUACGGACAGAAAGAGGAGAGCGAUUUUACUGUCCAGAAUAACAAGUCUGAUCCACUGUCUUAUGCCGCUAGAGCUUACAGAGAGCAUUUAAUCAAUCAAGGUUUGAGACUAUUGGCAGGCACUGUUAGCGAUACUCAUGCUUCUGGACUUUUGGAUAUUUCUAAGAAGAUCAUGGUAUCAGCUCAAAUUGACUUAUGCAUUUGUAGUGAGGAGAAGAUUGGUGUUACAAAAGUGGAAGACGAAGUUGGAUUAUGGUGGGGCGCUGUAAUGUGUGUAGCCGCGAACUUCCGAUUAGGUGAGGAAGACUCUAACGCUUGGAACAUUGUCGAAGGGAAAUUUCCAUUCGAGAAAAAUUCACAACUAAACAACGGAAAUCCUUUGCCACAUGCUGUUUUGCUACUUCUUCAAUCGGCAAGAUGCACGUCCAAGCAUACAACGAUGCGUCUUGUAGAUCAAGCUAGUACAUUUCUAGAACAUUCGACUGUUUAUAACAAUUGUAAACAACAAUCAUCUCAAAACGUUUUGCUUACCGAGCUGUGGGUAUGCGAUUGGUUGUUGGAGAUGAGGACAACGCUUUGGGAGGAGUUGAAUGCAGAUAUCGAAAGACCGACUAUCAAUUCUGCUCUCGUUGGUUUUCAACGAGAUCUCGCGUGUAUGCGGCAGUUGUGUCAGCACAUACCGUCAUUACAGUCUGUUCUACCGCGAGUUUUCUUAUACGAAGCAACAGCAAGGAUUAUGGCCGGCGCUACACCGGUCAAAACUCAGAUCCUUCUAGAUCGAAGUUUGCAUCAUCGAAACUCCCGCUCCUCGAUUAUAUGUGGAAAGGAUCGAUCGCACGAUCAAGGUAGCGGCGAACGUGAGCAUGCUGCAGCUUUGUGUUUAGCUUGUAGACACUUACCUGUUCUGUUAUUGGCUUCACCUGGCGAACGUGCUGGUAUGCUUGCCGAGGCUGCUAAAACACUAGAACGUCUUGGUGAUAAGAAGAGACUACAAGAAUGUUAUGAACUGAUCAAACAACUGACACCAGCUAUUUCGAAUUAAAAAUAAUUAAUUAAUAUUAAGAUUCUGAUAGCCUCACCCUGAUAUUAAGCAAUUUAUAAAUGUUUGGAAAAAGGAAAAAAAAAUUUAAAUAAGUGUUUUAAUUAGUUAUACUGCCUAGCUAUAGUAUCUUAUCUCCUUUGUGCGAUGAUGUGUAGUGUAUAGAGUAAAAAUUAAUUUUUUUGUCUACGAGAUUAAUAUGAAUUUUGUGUUGAGAAUGAUAAUAGUAAGUCUGCACUUUGUCAUUCAGCUGAUAGUGCUGUACAUUUAUUGUGAACUUAAGGCGUAGGUCUUAUAGUGUAUAUAUAAAUGUGUGUUUGUGCGCGCGGGCGUGUGUGUGUGUGUAGAGCGUGAGCAUAUUUCCAAAGCGUCCGCAUUCAAUAGAAGUAGGUUCCUCUUACCUGCUAUUAGAAUUUGUUAACAUAAAGACUCUCCCUCUCUUUCUUUCUCUUUCCUAUAUUAUGAAAUGAGAACAAUUUUAGUAGUGGUACAGACUUAUAUAGUUCCAACAUACAUUUGUUUUCUUUUGAUAUUUUUUGCGUACUAUAUAUUAUAGAUUGUAUUCUGUUCAUCUUACUACGUAGAUUUAGACUGGUUAGAUGUGAGUAUUUAUUGUUUUCAUAGGGUACACUUGGGUGCAAUUGUACUAAUUGUUACGGUUAUUUUUAUUUCCAACCGAGAAAUUGUCGGGAAAAUAUGUAUAAGAAAUGAUGAGUCAUAAAUCAAUCGAUAAAUUCCAUA